AUGGCUGUGAAGAGUGCAGAAGAGCUGAAUGCAGGGGCUGCUAUAGUUGCAACUGAAUAUGAUAAAGUUGGCUGUGAAUUUCCCAACUUUAAUUUCAAUGUAUCCCAUCAUGGUGACAAUGUGGCCAUAGCAUCUGAACCUUUGUGCCUUGUAGGGUUGGAUAUCGUCUCUUGUGUGAUUCCCCAGAAGGUGACAGUUCUAGGAUUCAUUCAAAACUUCUCAUCAUACUUUUCAAAUUUGGAAUGGGAUAAUAUAGUCAAUGCUGGCUCUUGUGAUGAUAUUUUGGUCGAGUUUUACAGAUAUUGGUGUCUGAAAGAAGCAUAUGUCAAAGCCACAGGGAGUGGACUGGCUUAUGGGUUGGACAAAGUGGAGUUUCAUAGCACUAGCUGGAGCAACAUCUCUGUUAAAAUUAAUGGGGAGGAUAUGAAGGAGUGGGCAUUUUGGCUUUCUGAGAUGGGGAAAAGACAUUUGGUUAGUUCCUUAUCCUAUUUGACGCAAUUACAGAAAGCGUAAAUGUACAGAGGUAUCUUUGACGCAAUUACA